AUAUGAAUUUCAUAUAAUUUUGAUGUCACACAAGCUUCUUUAAAAAAUGUUUUUAUCAUAAAAAGUGUAAACAAACCUUAUUAGCUUGGGGGAAGGGGAGAUGCAUGGGAAAAAAUCAGAUAGCUAGCCAAAUUUGGCCCAUGGUUUGCCCAUCCCAGCUCUAGAGAUUUCCAGGUAAGAGCAGAUGGGCCAGGAGUGGCUUUGUAGGGCUUUGUUCAGUGAAAGCCUCUCUAUCCAUCGCUGCAAGUAUCGGAAUUUUCAGACACCUUUCACAUUUCAAUCUCAGCUGAGAGAAAUUAGAGGGAAAAGAUAUCUCAGGCAAAGACAGAAAAGAAACUUAUUUAACUACUGGUUAUUGAUUUAUUGCUUAUAACUUUAUAAAUUAAUUUACAAAUAACUUUCUGAGCUCUUAACAUGUGUAGGCACUGUCCUAGGCCUGUUAUACAAACUCUGGAGAACUGAGUUAUCCGCAUAUACAGAGGCAGAUACUGAGGACGGUUGGGGUUGGAUGACAGCCCAGAUCCCACAGCUAGCGUGGCACAGGCAGGUACGAAGCCCUGGAGUCUUUUGAUGGUAGCUGAGCCGCACCCAGACACCCACCCGUGUCUGCCCGCACUCCGUAUUGGCUGAAAAUCACUCCCUGAAUCCAAAGGCGCCGGUUUAGUCAGUUACGAGCCAGUGGUCCUCGAGUAUCCCCACCUGUGAGAUGGGGGCGCCCUGCCCUAGUGCUGGAGCCUCGCGACCCCCUGGAGGGCGGGGUACGGGAGCUCUGGCGCGAGUCUUCCGGCUGCCCCGGGGAGGGAGGAAAUGAGCCGGCGGCAGGGGCGGGUUUUCGGCGGGGCCAACCCUCGGACGGGCGAGCUCGGUGUCCCGCGGGGCGAGCGCAGCCAUGGCGCUCCUGCUCUCGGUGCUGCGCGUGCUGCUGGGAGGCUUCUUCGCGCUCGUGGGGGCGGCCAAGCUCUCGGAGCAGAUCUCAGCUCCAGUUUCGGAGCGGAUGAAAGCCCUGUUCGUGCAGUUUGCUGAGGUGUUCCCGCUGAAGGUGUUUGGCUACCAGCCAGAUCCCCUGAGCUACCAAACAGCUGUGGGCUUCCUGGAACUGCUGGCUGGGCUGCUGCUGGUCACAGGCCCACCGAUGCUGCAAGAGAUCAGUAACUUGUUCUUGAUUCUGCUCAUGAUGGGGGCCAUCUUCACCUUGGCAGCUCUAAAAGAGUCACUAAGCACCUGCAUCCCAGCCAUCAUCUGCCUGCUGUUCCUGCUGCUGCUGGAUGUCGGCCAGCUCUUAGCCCAAACUAAGAAGGUGGUCAGACCCACUAGGAAGAAGACUCUAAGUACAUUUGAGGAAUCCUGGAAGUAGAGCAUCUCUGCCUCUUUAUGCCAUGCAGCUGUCACAGCAGGAACAUGGUAGAACACAGAGUCUAUCAUCUUGUUGCCAGUGUAAUAUCCAGGGUCAGCCAGUGCUGAAAGAGACAUCUUGUCUACCUGGCCCUGCUUUCUCUUUUUAGCUUUACUACUCUUUUGUGAGGAGUACAUGUUAUAUAUACUAACAUUCCUCAUGUUAUAUGAAAAUACAAAAUAAGCAAAAAAGAAAUUUAAAUCAGCCAAAAUUCUGAUGCCCCAAAUAACCACUUUUAAUGCCUUGGUGUAACUAUACCUCUGAACUUUUUUCUGUGCCUUUAAACAGAUAUAUAUAUUUUUUAAAUGAAAAUGAAACCAUAUAUCCUACUUUAUUCCCUCCUUUUAAAACCUAAUAUACUAUAAGACCAUU